AUGUCUGUCCCUUGGGUGCCUCUGGAGAAGGACGGCGUCACAGUUGCGCAGGCGCGGGAGUUGGUCAACGCAAUCGCAGAGAAGCACGGCCACAUCGACGAUGAAACCUGGCAAGAGCUUGAUAAGAUCAGUGCUAAAGCCAGGGAAGAAAUUCGUCAAAGCUACAGAAGCUUAGCCAAUGCCGCUGCGUCAUCUAUAUCAACGGUGGCCAAGAAUCUGUACACAAGCAACGCACGAUUCGUGUUUGAGCUGUUGCAGAAUGCCGAGGAUAACCAUUACACCAAUGCUCGAGCACAGGGUCAUCAGCCCUACGUCGCAUUCGAAGUCCACGAGGAUCGUGUCAUUAUUGAAUGCAACGAGGACGGGUUCAAUAGGGACAAUUUGGAAGCAAUCUGCAACGUCGGCCAUAGCUCUAAAACAGGUGCUCAAGGCUACAUCGGCGAAAACGGUAUUGGCUUCAAAUCUAUUUUCAUGGCGGCGUAUGAAGUCCACAUCCAAUCUGGCCCCUACUCAUUCUACUUCAGGCACCACAGCGGAGAUUCUGGUCUGGGCAUGAUCACGCCCGUCUGGGAGGAACCUAUGGAACAAUUGUCUCAACACAUGACAAGAAUGACACUUCUUCUCCAUGCUACAGGUGAUCCCGCCGCUUUAGCAUCGCAGCGCCAGACGAUGCGCGAGCAGUUCAACGACUUGCAAGAAAAAAAGCAGGCGCGAGCCUACGCCAGUGCCGAAGUGAUACUUGCAUUUUCUCUAUCAGCGGAUAGCAAGGCAUUUAUAGUCAAGCCUCAAGAUGUCUAUGGAUUUCUGCCAAUGAGGUAUAUGGGCUUUUCGUGCGUUGAUCUUCUGCAUACAUCCAAGGGUCUCUAUGUCCAUGUUUUUGACUUUAACCUGGGCCCCGAGGAACAUUUCCUCAUACAAAGUGACUUCGUGACGCAAGUAUCAACAAUGCUACCGAGGAGUGAGCGUGGCCUCCGUAAGAUCAACGAACUCCGAAUCCUUCACCCAGCACAAUGUGAUAGCAAAGGAGAGCCUUUGUUCAAUGAUCUCAAGCCUGAGAUAUGGUUGUCCAAUAAGCAUCUCGCUAGCGACAUCAAGAUUCUCCAGAACUUUGGGUUGAGGCUACCCGACAGUACUGUGUUCUUGAGAAUGAUUGAGCAGGAUCUGAGACGACCAGGAUCUCGCAUGAGAUGUGAAGAGACAGAUGAGGAUUGGCACACCAAGACAGCGAAACUGUUACUGAGAUUGAUUGAGGUGAACACAAGCGACCAGAAUCUGGAGCUGCGCAAUAUGGGACUGAUUCCCGAGCGAACCGGGUCUAGUGUCACCUGGAUCUCGUCAAAUAUCAGUGACAAGAUCUAUCUUGGCGAGACCGAAGGGGGGUUUGUCAUUCCCCGAAGUCUUGCUCUGCGGGUCGUGGAAAUCAAAUCAUCGCGAAACCCGGCACGUGUCGAAUUUUUCAAAGAAAUGGGUGUUUGUGUGGCCGAUCCAAAGAUGACCUAUGUCCCGCUCCUCGACCUGCAACAAAAGUGUGAGCAAUACUUACCCGAGGGUGAGGUCUUUCCCUUCCUCAAAAUCGACGAUCAUCUUACGAGGGAGACCUACGAUCAGAUGCACUGGUCCUUCCUUGACCGCUUAGUCGGUGUCAAUGUCACAGAGGAUCUGGACUUCUAUUUGGCUAUUUUGAGCCACCUUGGCGGAUUGGCAGUGCAACUUGGUGAUUGUGUCUUUCGUCUAUAUAACGUGAUCUACGCAAAAUACACAGAGUCGGCAGCGAAACCCGUGGCUAAGACCAAGAUCAGGAAUUUUUUCGAAGAGGCGCCAAUCUACGUACCGGCAUACUCCGGAUCUUCACCUUCGUGGGCUUCGAUGAACGACUGCCUCUGGAAGGGAUUGCAUACUAUGGUCACCGCGAAGCCCCUUUGUGCUCGUUACACGGAAGCAUAUGCCAACAUGCCAGUCGAGUUGCGCAAUGUGGAAACACUGUUCCGUGUUGUGCUUGAGAUCGAAGACUGCGGGUUGAACGAGAUAGUGAUCGAGUUAGUCGAGCUGAACCGCUACAACGAGGUCUACGACAAGAAUGUCUUCUAUUUAUACCAGGAUUUCAGCAACCUCUGCAAGGACGUGACAGGAGUCGAACAGAGGUCUACGAUCCUUGAUUCUACUGCUGCUGAUUUUGUCAUUGUCGACACAACUCCACUGGAAAGCAUCUUUGCGCGUCGGGUCAAGACACUUGACUUCUCUCUUGAUGAAGUCCACCUACUUGGCCCAUUCAUUGUAUGGAUCGGUCUGGGGAAGAAGUACAUGUCGGUCAUGGUCAAAGAGGUCACAACGGUUAAUGGCCAGACCAAAGAACCCACGCGGCGUCAGGAACGCAAGAUCAGCCCGAAGGCACACGCUCUCUAUCGGUACAGUCCCGAGUCUCUCUUGAGCUACUACGCUGUUUAUGAGACGAACGAGAUAACUUGUGAAUUGACCCUCUCACAAGACGGGGAAGUUCAUAAACACGUCAAGGAGCACAGCGAUCUUCAUAUCCGAGAACGAGGAGCCCAGCUCGAGAUAUUCAUCUCCCGGGACAGGAAGAGUCAGCAUCUGGUGUACCUCUCAAAACUCGGUCCCCGUCUAUUUGACUGGCUGCUACUAGAUGCAAGCAUGCGGAUCCCCGACGAGCUUGCCUUGAGAGGCCAAUUCGCCAUCCAGAAAAUUCUGAAUAUCACCGAGCGAUCGCUCUAUGAGCUAAUACUAGAAGAAGACGGUAUUGCUAAUGCCGACGUAGAGGAUAUGUAUGAGAGCACAGAAUCGGAGAGUGGUGAGGAUGAGUAUGAUGAUGAAUUCUUGAACCCGCUGUUGGAUCGGACUUCGAUACAUGCAACGUCUGGUUUACGCAGCUCUGGAUCCAUUGGCAAACUAGCCAGUGCUCAAAGUCCCGGUUACGAGGAUUUAGACCUAAUUCCACACGAGAUUCCAAGACAAGACCAUUAUCGAGAUCUUCUCUGCCGGGUCGUCUCUGCUGCACGGGCGGCACGAUUUAACAGGGGAGACUCGUUCGACAUGUCUGGAAUGCUCUCAGCUCUACCUCUUUCCGGUGACUCUAGGACCAGCUACGGUGAUUACGAAUUUGAAUAUUCUUCUUCACUCGAGCGUGAUAUAAAGAUUGGUGCAGCAGGAGAGCUUUGCGUAUUCGAACUGCUGAAGUCCCUCUCUCUACCGAACUUCUCCCUCGCUCAGUGGCAGAGCACAAUCCGGCACUACGUCAAAGUUCACCCCGACACGCCUUUCUACAUGAGCCAGGCGCAGUACCGACGAAUGCACACCCACAGGAAUCAGACGGAAGCAGUAUACGUAAUCUUCUGUGUGUUCGAGAUUCAAAAACAGCCUGUUGGCAUCAGGGUAUUAAUGAAUCCUGCCGAGCUAGAGGCGGAAGGCAAGCUCGAGUUUACGGCAGAGAAAUGGUCUGUUAAAGUCACUUCGUAG